AUGGAACAAAGUCAAAUGGCAAAUGGUCAAGACUUAAUUUUUUCACAUAUUUCUUAGUUUAAUUAUAACCACAAGUUAUUUUUAAUUGAGUGGCAAUAAUAAUAAACUCAAUAGUGUUAUGAAGAAGUAGAAAAUAGUAUUAUACUCGGAACUUACAUUUGUGACUACAAUGUUUUCUGGCAAAGAUGUGGUAAACCCCGCAUAUCCCACGCAAUGGGCACUUAAUCCUACCGCAUAUCAAAAUAUUGAUUCUAGUCAAGUAGACUGGGCAACUUUAGCACAACAAUGGAUCGCUAUGAAGGAAGCUGCAUCAAUUGUUUCGGUCCCUCAACCGCCGGCUAAACCAGAUAUAGAGGGCGGAGAGGCCCCAAUGGAGGUUGAAAAUCCGGACACAAACUGCGAAAGUGUACCACCAGCUGGUGCUGAAUGGAAUGCUUCUACAAACUCAUGGGGUAAUUCUUGGAACCAAUGGGGAUGGGGUUGGGAUGGCAAUGACCCUAAAAUUGCAGCAGAUCCAUCAAUAUCAAUACCACCUAUAAUGGAUGGAUACAGCAAUUCAUCUGAGAAUACAACUAUGCCAGGAUACACAACAGCAGCAGUGGGGACUCCAACAUUUCAGCAUGGGUAUUGGACAGCACCUCAAACAGAACAAGCAAAUAGCACAACUAACAAUCGGAAUAGAGAGAUCAGAUCUAAGAGCAAAAAUAGAGAACCAAAACCAAUAAUACCUCGGAUUAACAGACCACCUAGGGAUAAAAUACCACUAAUACCAACUGUGGUAGAUCCAAUAGCAAUGCCGAUGCCCGGCACUACAAGUACUAUUGAUGCAGCUAAAAGACGACAGCUUCCUGCUUGGAUUAGAGAAGGCUUAGAAAAAAUGGAAAGAGAGAAGCAAAGGGCAAUAGAAAGAGAACAGGAAGAGAAGGUACGAGAAGAAGCAGAGAAGGAGAAGAAGAGAUUGGAAGAAGAAGAACUUGCGCGGAUGAAGGCGGAAGCAAGCGGACAACCAAUGUUACCUGCUAAGAGCAAAUUUGAUUCCGACUCUGACAGUGAAGAGCAGGUGAAAGAAGAUCAGAAGAAAGAAGAGAAGAUGAGGUCGGAGCGCGCGCGGGAGACGCCGGACGAGGACGAGGUGAAACCUGUUUUAGUAAAAAAGAGUAAGGAGGAAAUUAUGCAGGAAGUUAUGUUCGCGGUCCGUCGAACGCUAACAGAAAUCCUGCUCGAGGUAACGGACCAGGAGAUAGAUACGGUGAGCCAGGAAGAGUUGGCCAGAUAUAACGCCGCACAAGCUUCGCGUCUCAACGCCAUGAAAGCGAGCAAGUCCAAGGCGCUCGCCGCCAUCGCCAGCGGCCUCGGGCUGGGCGCGUACGACUCCAGUAGCGGGGAAAGUGCUGACGAAGAAGAUCACAACGAUGUAUCCGACCAACAGUUGCAGGAGACGAUAAGAAGGAAAAAGCAAGAGUUCGAGCGGACAGCGCGCGAGAUCGAGGCUGAGGUGAGGCGCGCAGAGCUGCGGGAGGCUGCGGAGGAGGUCAACACGCCCGUCACUACACCCGACAGACCCGCCACAUCGAGAUCUUCAGCGACACCCCCACCUAUAGAGACGGACACACCAGAGAAAAGACCGGAACGUCGCAUGUCAAAAGACAAAAGAAACAACAAUAAAUCCAUCGACAAAGUUGACGGUAUCAGGAGGUUGAGUACGAUACAGGAGGAGAAAAUCAAAAAGAUCAACAAAUGGGAGGCCACUCCGAGUCCUCGUGCGAAAGUAUCGAGCACAAGCAGCUCUAGUUCUUCCAGUGAUUCGGACGACUCGUCCUCUAGUACUAGUAGCUCCUCUUCACGCAGCGAAGUAGACAUUAAAUCCGUCAGAACUAGGAAAAGUAAACGGGCGAGCUCUAACGAAGUUGAAUCUAUAAAGAAAUCGAACAAGGAAACGUCAAAAAGGACACACAGAACGGACGAAAAGAGCUCAAAGUCAAAUCACAACGAUUAUGAUAAGUACAAGUCGCGGUCGAAGACAAAAGACCAAUCUGAUAAACAUAAAUCGUCAAGAAGCGACAAACACAAAGACAAAUACAGAGCAGACUCGGAAGAUGACAGACAUGACAGACCGAGGAAGCGAUCGAGACGAUCGACGAGCUACGAAUCAAGAUCGGGUAGGAAGAAGGCGUCCAGGGAUCGAUCGGAGGAGAGAUCGCGACGGCGGGACAAAAGGUCGCACGACAGGGACAGGUCAUACGAAAGAUCGGGGCGCGACUACGACAGGUCUGGUCGCGACCACGACAGGUCUGGUCGUGACCACGACAGGUCUGGUCGUGACUACGACAGGUCUGGUCGGGACUACGAGAAGCACGAUAGGUAUGAGCGUAGGCGGUCGAGAAGCAGAAGCCGCUCCAGACACCGCCGAUGAACGACAGGGUAACGGCAUGACAGGUUGUAUUUUUAUUUAACUUUUGUAUGUGAGUGAUCCUGUAUUAAAUAGAAAAGGCAACACUACUAUGAACGGCUCGAGUAAUGAGACUGGCCUUGCACUAUUAAUUUCUACAUAUGUUUAAAUUAUACCGUUUGUCAUUGUGAGAUAUAACUCAUGACUUAUAAGCGGCAUUAAUAAAGCCCCAGCAUUUUAAGAAUUAAAUUACUGGGUCACUCGAAUCAAAAAGAUGCCAGAAGUAUAUUUAAAACCCAAAUUUAUUUUGAUCCUUAAUGUUCGGACGUAAUUAAAUACAAUAUAACCUAGCUAAGAAUAUUAAUAAUCUUAGUCGUAUGGCUGAAAACCUAUGAAAUUAGUUAUCAUAAUGGAACACUUAUUUAAAUAAAAAUUCUUGAGAUUUAAAACUUAUCUUUAAAUGUACAAGACACCAUGAAAAGAUACUUGUUUUAUUUAAAUCUGCACUGAUCUUUAAUUUGAUAAUAUGCGAAAAAAUCAGAGUUAUUUAUGAUUGUACAAAUGAUAAGAUCAGCCACUGAUUUUCAAAUUAUUAUCGUGAAUCUAGGUUAUUACACUUUUAUUUUUUAUGUCCAAGGUUUUUUCCUAUUCAGAUGAUUUGUGCAAUGUUUUAUAAUUGUUAAUUUUUAGAUUAUACAAAGAAGUUGUUAAAAUGUUUCUUUUAUGUACUAUUAUUUCUUAAGGAAAUUCUGCUUUCAAAACUUACACAAUCAGUAUCAAGUUACUAUUUGAAUAUAAAUGUUUUAAGUAAUAAUAAUUUUUACGCUAAAGCCAAAUUAAUUUCAAGGAAAAUCAUAUGAAUCAAGUGGCGACCUCGUAGCUAAGUAUAUUUAGCGCCCAAUAUAUUUAUGUUAAUCUCAAAUGUAAAUUUUUACUAAUGUACACAAGAAAUUUUAUUGUUUAUGUGUUGGAAGAAAGUCCUGUACAGAUUUAAAUAUACUCUAGCCACUAUGUUCGAUUCCUAGUAAAUAAUAACGGUGAUUUAAAAUGUUUUUUUUAAGAACAAAAAAAAUAGAUUCAUUGUUAUCCCCUGAAAACAGGAAUGGAGACUAAACUAUAUUUCUGGCAUCUUUCAACAAGAAAUCACUGUAUUAUUAUUUUUAUAUACUUUUUCUGUUACAGGUUGGAGAAACACUCGUAACGCAGCGUCGCAAAAUGUAAAUAUAUUUUAGUAUUUGUGUAUAAUAAUAAAAAGAAUUAUCGCGACUUCGCGUCGUCACAUUAUUCCAAUAAAACUAAUGAUCCCACAUGA